AUGAGUGCUAGAAGACUUACGCCGGUUGAAGAAGAUGUCUUGGCUCUUGGAUUAAAUUUCGCUGUGGUACCCCGCGUUCUACCUAAAGAAGAAUUUGUACAACGUUUGGAACCGAAGUUAUACCACAUGACGAACGAUGCAGCUAGUAACAUCCGCGUCCAAAUCACUGAGGUUCUACGACGUGCAACGCUUCCAGCUUCGAAUUUAACCAAGAAUAAGAAGGAUGCAUUGAGAAACUUAAGAGCAGAUAAGUCAAUACAUAUUUUAAAGGCUGAUAAGGGUAACGCUACGGUUAUUUUAGAUCGUCUAGAAUAUGAUAAUAAAAUCUUGGCUCUUUUAAACACUUCAACUUAUAAAGAGCUUAAAAGAGACCCUACAGCUAACAUUGAACGUAAAAUAUGUUCCAAACUAUCUGGUUUUAAAAAGGCAGGUAUUUUGUCUCAAACACUUCAUAAUUGUUUGAGACCUUCAGCUACUGUUUGUCCAAAAUUUUAUGGUUUGCCUAAGAUACAUAAAUCUAAUGUCCCACUAAGACCUAUUGUAGCGUCCAUAGGUUCGCCAACGUAUGCUCUGGCUAAAUAUCUCGCUGAGAUAUUGAAACCAGUUGUUGGAAAAACAGAACAUCAUGUAGUAAAUUCUAAAGAAUUUGUAGCAAAAUUGGAACUUGCAAGAAUGACAUUCUGGUAAGUUUUGACGUAGUUAGCUUGUUCACUAAUGUUCCAGUUGAAGAGGCUUGUAAUAUCGCGAAAGAAAGACUUCUUUCAGAUAUUACUUUAUCUCAAAGAACUAAUCUUUCUCCUGAGAAUGUUCAUGAUUUGUUGAAACUAUGUUUGACCACGACAUGUUUUCAAUGGCGGGAGAAAUUCUAUGAACAAACAAACGGCGCUCCAAUGGGAAGUCCAUUGUCGCCUGUUAUGGCUAAUUUGUUCAUGGAGGAAUUUGAAAAGAAGGCCUUAGCUACUGCAAAGUUGAAACCUGGUUUCUGGUUCAGAUACGUGGAUGAUACAUUGAGUAGCUGGUCUCAUGGACUAGAUAAUCUACAAAAGUUUCUAGACCACAUUAAUAGUUUGCAUCCAUCGAUCAAGUUUACUUUUGAAGUACAGAAGGAUGAUAAAACUAUACCUUUCUUAGAUGUUCUUUUCACUAUACAUGAUGAUGGGUCGCUAGGACAUAAGGUUUAUAGGAAACCAACACAUACAGACAGGUAUCUGCAUUAUAAUUCAUUUCAUCAUCCUAGUAUCAAAAACUCUGUGUGUAAGACACUCAUCAACCGAGCGAAAACAAUUUGUGAGGUAAGUAACGUUGACAAUGAAUUAGAACAUUUAAGAAAUGUUCUAAAAACGAAUGGUUACCCACGGCAUUUCAUAGAUAAUGCUAUGAAAACGCCACAAAGUAUACAGCAGAAGAUUGAGUACCAGUCGUCUGUUUGUCUACCAUACAUUGGCCCGGCUUCACACAAAAUCGAAAGAAUUUUGAGGAAUGAAGCAGGUAUAAAGGUAUACCAUUCCAGCGAAAACAAAUUGUUUCGAGCUCUUUGCACACAUAAGGACAAUGUAAAUGAAUCUCAAAAACCUGGUGUGUACCGCAUUCCUUGUGAAUGUGGUCUGGUUUACAUUGGUGAAACUGGUCGAAAUCUCUCAGUACGUCUUAAGGAACACAAGACGAAUUGCGAGAAAGCCGAGCAAGAUAAAUCUGCUGUGGCUAAACAUACUUGGACUUACGACCAUCGUAUAAAAUGGGACGAAGCAACCAUUUUGGCAAUUGAUAGUCACAAGUUCUCUCGCAAAAUGAGAGAGUCAAUUGAAAUUGAGAAGCACAAUACUAUAGAUCAGGAGGGAAAGCCACUAGAUAGUACGUGGCGUGCUCUCUUUAAUGUGCAAAAUUAAUUUCUCUUGUCUUGGAUGCGCGCGCGUUAAUUGGAAUCACUUCACUACGUUUGGAAUGACGUGGUUGAUGUGCCGUUUAAUUAAAUUUCAAAUGACGCGAGCCAACAGAUCACGACACUUUUGUAUAUAAAAAGAGCGUGUGAAUUAAACAAGUCACAUAUUAUUAGCACUGAUGAAGAUCCGGGCUUACGGAUCGAAAGCUUUGCAGUAAUAAAUUUACGUGGUGUUUCCACAAACAAAACCUAUUAAAUUAAAUAUUAUUGAAACAGAUACUAAAGGUAAUAAAGCUAUAACAAAUACCGGUACUAAAAAGUACCAUGGUACUACCCCAAAAUUUUAA